UGUUUGUGGUCGAGAAUUGAUUAGUAUACCAAUACUGUAGUGUAAAGAGUGUAGUAUAUUCAGCAUACGCCCGUGAAUAUCAUUUAAACAUUUAACAUAUUUAAUAUUGAUUUUUAUAGACUAAAAAUACUUAUAUUUAAAGUAAUCAAAUACUUUUAAAUUUAUUAGUUUAUAAUAAAAAAUCAUUUUAAACAAAAAUAAUUGAUUAAAUCAUAAGUCAUUUAGUUUAGCUUCAUAAUUUUUACCCAAACAUAAUGACUGGAAUAGUGUACGACGAUAAAUUUGUAGAACAUAGAUGUUUAUGGGACGAUAACUAUUCGGAAAAUCCUAGUCGUUAUACAUCUAUCAUAGACCGGUGUAAGUCAUUAGGGUUACUUGAUCGAUGCAUUAAAAUAAACACGCGAGAGGCAAAACGUGAAGAAAUACUGUCAAAACAUUCGGCUGAACAUGUUGACUUGUUGAAACAAACUGAAAACUUGAAUGAAGAACAAUUAGAGCGGUUAUCAGCAAACUAUGAUUCUAUCUACUUACAUCCUUUUACUUACAAACAAUCUCUUAUGGCAGCUGGUAGCUCAAUAGAUUUAACGAAAUCGGUAGUAGAAGGAAACAUUCAAAAUGGAAUGGCAAUUAUUCGACCCCCUGGUCAUCAUGCUAUGAAGUCAGAAUAUUGUGGUUAUUGUUUUUUUAACAACGCAGCAAUUGCUGCUCAACAUGCUCUAGAUUCAAAAUCAGUUAAUAAAGUACUUAUAGUUGACUGGGAUAUUCAUCACGGACAAGCAACACAACAAAUGUUUUAUAAUGACCCCAGAGUUUUAUAUUUUUCUAUACAUCGUUAUGAGUAUGGACAAUUUUGGCCUAAUUUAAGAGAAAGUGAUAGUGAUUAUAUUGGUACAAGAAGCGGCAAAGGUUAUAAUAUUAAUGUUCCCUUGAACCAAACUGGAAUGCAAAAUGAAGAUUAUAUGGCAAUUGUUCACUACCUACUUAUUCCAAUAGCAUACGAGUUUUCUCCUGAUUUAAUAAUAGUAUCAUGUGGUUAUGAUUCAGCAAUCGGAGAUCCCAAAGGAGAAAUGUGUGUAACUCCUGUAUGUUAUGCUCACAUAAUCAGCAAGCUUAUGGGACUUGCUCAAGGAAAAAUUGUAGGUUUACUUGAGGGAGGUUAUUUCAAUAAAAGUUUAGCUGAAAGUGCAGCUCUAACAUUAAGAGCAUUAUUAAAAGACCCUAAUCCUAUGCUAGCAUUCGAAAAAAAUCCAAGUGAAUGUGUUAUGAAGUCCAUCCAUAAUGUAAUGUAUGCUCAUAAAAAUUAUUGGAAAUGUCUUGAAAAAAUCCCACUGGCAAACAAUUUUAAGCCUAAUUGGCUUUAUACAUAUAAUAAUAAAGAUAAACCAACAAUAUUUCCAACAAGAAAUAUGUACCCACAAAAUGUUAACGAUAUUUUUGAUACUACUUUGACAAAAAUUAUUACUGAGACUGAACUUACAAAUCCGACAAUACGAUUGGGAUUAUCUAUCCAAUACAUGCAUAAUUCUACGGCAGCAACAAUAAAAAAUAAUAUGUACCAACACAUAAUGGCUAAAUUUCCAAACAUACAAAUUAUAGAGACAAAAGAAGCUCAUUCGGAAGAACAAUUUUUUGUUAAGAAAUACUUUUCUAGGAUUUUCGAGCCAAAUACAAGCAAUAAAUUAUCAGAAAACGACCUUAAAAUAUUGGAAAAUGAUUUUUAUACAAUAAGAUGUCUUUUACGAAUUAUAAACUUAUUGCAUAGAAAUGAAGUAAAAUCAGCAAUAUACAUUCCAAUAUUUGGUAGUGCAAGCUUAUACAAAAAAAUUAAUUCAAAUAUUAUGUAUCAUAUUACUUCAAUAGGAGCGAUAUAUGCUCAUAAAAUUUGUAAUAUCAAGAGAAUUAUGAUCGUAGAAUGGAAUGGCAAUCAGUUAGAAGGAAUAGAUCACAAAAAUAAAACUAUAUUCCCUAUAAUUAUUCACAAGGCUUUAAAUUUUGAUAAUUCUAAUUCAUAUAUAAAUAAAAGUCAAAUCAAAAUCGCUUGGCCAAAAGAAAAUAUGAAUGAAAUGGAGUUGAUUGCAUUGAUGCACUAUGUAAUAUUACCAUUUGCUUAUGAUCAAAACCCACAGUUAAUAAUUAUGACACUAAAUCUUAGUUCCGACGAAAAAAAAUAUAAAAUAAAUAUUACUCCCGAUAUGUAUAGUCAUUUAGUUCAUUGGUUUAGUUUAUUAGCUAAUGGACAUCUAAUUUUAAUGGAACAUAAUGAUAAAUUGAAUUCAAAAUUCAGGAAUAUGUGCAUUGCUGAAUGUACUAAAGCAAUGCUUAAUUAUCCUUUGAACAUGAUUAAUUCAAAAAAAUCUAUUAAUGCAGAGUUAGUCGAAAUAAUUAAGUCUACAAUAAGAAUUUAUUAAUAAAAAAAAUAAAAUCUAUGUAAUACAUAUACUUUUUUUUAAAAUUAUUUAGUAAAUAAUUAAACAUAAUCAUUAUUGGAAAAUUUGUUAGAAUCUCAAUUUUUCUACACAUUCUAGAAUAGCUGAAAUAAAUUGUAUUCAACAAAUGUAAAAUCAAAUUGAUAAA